GCGAUGGUGGCGACGGGCCGGGAGCAGAGGCGGGACCGGGUGCGCUUCGUCUACGUGGCUCGCUUCGGCUCGCACCAGUGCGGCGCCGUCCUUCAGCUGGGCGGCCGCCGGGCUCAGGGUCCGUGUAGCCCCGGGCUCGAGGCCGGCCGCAGCCGGGAGGAGCCGCGGGCGGCUGUGCCGGGGGCCGCGGGCGGCGGGGAGCUGUGUCCCGGCUCCCCGCCCAGGGCCCCCGCGGCCUCCUCUCCGGCGCGGGCGUCGAGCUCGCGGAGCCGGCCUCGGCAGGAGGCACAAGCAGGUUUGACCCAGAAGAAUUUAGCUAAAAAGUUUGACUUCCCCAUACCUUUGAAUGAAGCUUCCAAAAUAAUGAAGAAAAAGAAAAAGGUUUCAGUAUGGAAUGGAGUGUACAAAGUCAUUUCUAAAAUGCUUGAAGAAAAUGAAAAAUACAGACUUAGGCUGAAAUGCCAACAAUUACCUAGUGAAAAUUCAAAUUACACAAGAUGA